AUGGCCGCCUCCCUGCAGGUCUCGCCACGGAUACAGGAAGUCCGGGACCUGGCUAAGCAGGACCCUACCAAAGCCGCCAACAGUUACCAGACGAUCCUCUCAGAGGGCCCAGGGUCCACAGAGGCUUCAUCGCGAGACUAUGAGCAGGCAUUGAUUGGAUUGGGAGAGUUGUACCGAGAUGCAAAGAAGGCACAGGAUAUUGCAGACCUCAUCAAGACCAGCCGAGACAGCUUCUCGUCAUUCGCCAAAGCGAAGACAGCCAAGCUAGUCCGCCAACUCUUGGACCUCAUCAGUGAAAUCCCCAACACCCUCGAUCUCCAGGUUGCCGUCAUCGAAUCAUGCAUAGAGUGGGCCAUCGCCGAGCGGCGGUCGUUCCUCCGACAGAACCUCCAAGCGCGCCUGGUCGCAAUCUAUAUGCAGAAGCAAAGUUACUAUGACGCCCUCACUCUCAUCAACUCCCUGCUCCGCGAGCUGAAGCGUCUGGAUGAUAAACUCAUGUUGGUGGAGGUGCAGCUGCUUGAGUCCCGGACCUACCAUGCUUUGGGCAACCAGGCUAAAGGCCGCGCUGCCCUUACAGCAGCACGGACAUCUGCUGCUUCCAGUGGCAUGCUGCACGCCGAGGACAAGGACUUCACCACCGCUUUCUCAUACUUCAUCGAGGCUCUGGAAGGAUAUAGCUCGCUCGAUGAAGGGGAGUUGGCUACCGCAACUCUGCAGUACAUGCUACUGUGCAAGAUUAUGCUGAACCUGGUCGAUGAUGUUACUCAGCUUUUGGGUUCUAAGCAGGCCCAGAAGUAUGCCAGCCCCCGGCUAGAGGCUAUGAAGGCAGUGGCGCGCGCUCAUUCCAACCGCUCCUUGGAAGAAUAUGAGAAGGCGCUCUCUGACUACCGGUAUGAGCUCGGUAGCGACACAUUCAUCCGGAAUCAUCUUCGCCGUCUCUACGAUGCCAUGUUGGAGCAGAACCUCAUCAAGGUCAUUGAGCCAUUCAGUCGUGUGGAGCUGGACCACAUCGCCAAGAUGGUCGGUCUGGAUACGCAGCAGGUAGAGCGAAAGCUCUCCCAGAUGAUCCUGGACAAGGUUAUCAUCGGUGUAUUGGACCAGGGAUCAGGAUGUCUGAUUGUGUAUGAUGAGACGGAACGUGACCAGGCUUAUGAUGCUGCGCUGGACACGAUCGAGAAGCUCAGUAAUGUGGUGGAAGGACUGUAUACUAACCAGGCAUCACUUCUGGAGUAG